CCAAAGAAGAAGAAGAAGGGCGGAGGUAGUGAAGACAUUGAGGAGGAGCUGCGAACGGCGAGCUAAUACCAGCGUUCAUUUUGGAACUGUUUUGGCAGCUGAAGUACGGGGUAUACGUUUGGAGUAUUUUAAAAGAAGUUUGUAGUUGCGUCUUUACACGAUAAAUAUAUUUUUGUAAUAUGGGUAACUGUCAUACAGUUGGACCAAACGAAGCCCUUGUGGUCUCAGGUGGCUGUAGUGGCUCCGAUGAGAAGGCCUAUAUUGUGGGUGGAUGGGCCUGGGCAUGGUGGUGUCUCUCAGACACUCAGCGGAUCACCCUUGAGAUUAUGACCCUGCAGCCCAAGUGUGAGGAUGUGGAGACAGCAGAGGGCGUGGCCCUCACUGUCACGGGGGUGGCGCAGGUUAAAAUAAUGACUGACAAUGAUUUGCUGGCUGUUGCCUGUGAGCAGUUUCUGGGCAAAUCUGUGACAGAAAUCAAAAGCGUUGUUCUGCAAACGUUGGAGGGGCAUUUGCGCUCCAUCUUGGGCACGCUGACGGUGGAGCAGAUCUACCAGGACCGGGACCAGUUUGCCAUGCUGGUGAGGGAGGUGGCUGCUCCGGACGUGGGCCGCAUGGGCAUCGAGAUCCUCAGCUUUACCAUUAAGGACGUGUACGACAAGGUGAAUUACCUGAGCUCCCUGGGGAAGACCCAGACUGCCGCUGUCCAGCGGGAUGCUGACAUCGGUGUUGCAGAGGCAGAAAGGGAUGCUGGAAUCAGGGAAGCUGAAUGCAAGAAGGAAAUGUUGGACAUCAAAUUCUUGGCAGACACCAAAAUGGCUGACUCCAAACGAGAGCUGGAAAUGCAGAAGGCUGCCUUCAACCAGGAAGUCAACACUAAGAAAGCAGAGUCCCAGCUGGCCUACGAGCUGCAGGCUGCCAAGGAGCAGCAGAAGAUCAGGCUGGAGGAGAUCGAGAUCGAGGUGGUGCAGAGGAAGAAGCAGAUCACCAUUGAGGAGAAGGAGAUCACCAGGACGGAACGGGAGCUGGUAGCCACGGUUAUGAGGCCGGCCGAAGCGGAGGCCUACAAGAUCCAGCAGCUGGCCGAGGGACAGAAGACGAAGAGGGUGCUUACGGCCCAGGCUGAAGCAGAGAAGAUCAGGCGGAUAGGCGAGGCCGAGGCGGGCUCCAUUGAGGUGGUGGGGAAGGCUGAGGCUGAGAAGAUGAGGCUGAAGGCAGAGGCCUAUCAGCAGUAUGGAGAGGCAGCUAAGACCGCCCUCGUCCUUGAAGCCCUGCCCAAGAUUGCUAGCAAGGUGGCGGCUCCACUGGCCCGAACCAACGAGAUUGUCAUCCUGAGUGGGGAGGGCAGCCGCGUGACCCGGGACAUCAACCAGCUCCUAGCCGAGCUGCCUGUGUCCGUCAACGCCCUCACUGGGGUGGACCUGUCUAAGGUCCCUUUACUGCAGAAGCUUACCGGCACUCAGGCAUGAAGACAAUCUGCACUCCUCUGCUCAGAAACACGUUAUGCACUCACGUCGACUGCCUUCAAACACUUUUCCCCAACUUAACAAGUGGAUUUUUUAGACCUCUGGUGCCUUAAUGUUUUUUGUAGGACCAGAAUAUGGCAUGUGCCAGUACCUUGUUGUUUUGGUUUAGAAUCGACUAUUUCUGUCAUUAGAGAGGGAGGGAGAUAAAGUGAAACAAAAUGGAAGCAGGGAGGGAAAGGGCAUUGCUUCCAUUUCAGAAUUUAUGGUAAUGUUGGUAAAUUUCAGUCUGUCUGAAUACUUGUGUUAUACAAUCUCUUGCGUUGUCAAAAUGGAAAAGGUCAUUUGGUCUUGCAGGUUAGUGUCAUCUUAGACCGGGGGGGCUGCUCCAGCUGUUUGGACCGCCCUUCCGGUGAGUGUGAGGUCCACUCCACAAAGUCUACUUUCGUUUUUUCUGUUUAUGCCAAGGAACCGAACACGGCGAGCUGAGUGCUGAUCAAACGGAGGUUCCCAGGUGAAGGCAGGCGAAGGCCUUGUUUUUGCUCUUGCGUAGGUGUGUCAGUCAGCCUGCCUCUUCCAAAUGGAUAGUCGCAUGUCACCUUUAGGAGCUUUGAGAAGACCCGCUCCAAGCAUCUUCACCCCCUACUAAACUUUGGGUAGUAUGUAUAACUGCGGGUAACAAUUGCUGCUUGAUAUACAAAUUUACAAUAAAGUUGAACAUAGAAUAGGUUCAUACUUCAGAGAUUGUUGUACUUUAUAUCUGAGAUAUUGUACCAGGUGAAAUUACCUGGGCCACCAUAUUUCUGCCCUGUUGGCAUGUUUUUAAUUGUUGCUUGCCAUCCAGGACACAUUUUUUCUUGUCUAUGAGGUGUUGAAAUAGUUGAUACUUGCCUUACCUCAAAAUAUCCCUUUGAAUCAAGCCGCAGUGUUUUCAGUAGUGUAUGGAAAUGUGAUCCCUUCUGCUGUUUGCUCAGUGCCGUGGUGCUAAAGGUGCUACCAUUGCGCUCGUGUCCUCGCUGUUGCCAUUGCCAUGAAACGUGCUCAAAAAGGCCUCUCCUAAUCGGCCUACAAGCUAUGCUUUGUCCUCUUUGUCCUCAGUUAUUUAGCACUUACAACUCCAUAAAUGUCAAGUCCUGCUGGCAGAAAAUGUAUGGACUCAGUUUUGGGAAGAAAUUGGUGUAGAUCAUAACUGGAAUAUUAUCAAAUCUGUGUGAUUAUUUUGAAAACCCGCUCAGUGCCAUGCCCCUUACAGGCGUAUGAGGGCUCAUCCUGUGGCCUGUUUGGUGAAGAGUAAAAGUAGGUAUCCAAGCCAAGCAUCUGCCAGAAUUCCAUCAGGAUCACCAGAGCUUGAAGUGCUGAGAAUAGCAGGCCAGUGCAUAUUUUGGACUCCAAGUGUGCAUAUAAAUAUACAUGUUUUAAGCCAUUUGAAAAAUGACCUUAAUAGAGCUGCUCACAAUUCUCUCUCAUUUCAGAUGCUUCAAACAAAACUGUCGUUAAACUCUCAUCUUGCCAGUUUUGAAACUGAAGCUUACUGUUAACGGUUUGGUGUUUAAUGUUAUGCCUUUUAAACUGUAUCAAAGGAAGAAUGUCUCCUUUUACUAACAUUUUGACUCUUUUCUAGUUGUGUAUGAUACUGUAAGUCACUGUGAAAUUGGCAGUUGCCCAGUUUUGCAUUAAUAUAUGCAUUCAUUUUUGUUUGCUUGCUUCUGUUGUGAAUAUAGAUGGAUAGAAGUUAGUAACUUCCACUAUGAAUUUUGUGUGCUCUGUUUCUUUUUUGUAGUGUGCUGUGGUCAGAUAAAAGGAAUUAUCAUUUUUACAUUUGAAUUAGUUUAUAGAAGGGUAAUUAUUCCUCGUACUAUCUGUCGUCACAUUCCUUUCCUUUUUUGGCCUCCCAGUGCACAGACAACAGCCAGUGUAGGAAACCGCACCAAAGUGUGUGUAUAUAGAUAUAUAUAUAUAUAUAUAUAUAUAUAUAUAUAUAUAUAUAGAUCAGUGUAAAAAUGUCUUUGUGUAGCUUUGGCAGUCUGAAAUACACUUUUGUGUCGUUGUUAAUGUGUAACCUCAGUUUAAACAUGGGAAUUAUUGAAAAACCCUUUCAAAGUCACCUCAAGUGUGUUGCUCACCAAAAUGGAAUAACUGUAAGAUAUUCCUUUUAUGCAUACUGUGUAAAGUUCCCUAUCCGAAACACUUUUUCAGUGACCAUACUUAAGCUUUAUAUGUACUGCCUGUGGCAAACUCUCAAAUGGUUUAUUUGAAGUUUUAUAACCGCAAUAAGCGGUCAUAAGUGUUUUGGUUUUGUGAUCCUAUGAAUUGCUUAUCUUAAAUGCUGAAAAUGCAUACUGUACUUUGGCUUUCUCACAGAAUGCACUUAAUAAAUGUCUUGGUCCUCAUUAAACUAUUAUAUGCUAGCCUUUUCUGUAAGGAAGUGACAAUUUUUCCAUGCCUGAUUCAGACAAAAAAAAAAAGAAUGGUCUUGCAUGUGUCGAUGAUGGACCGUAUGGUUGCAUAAUGUUUCUUCAUUUCUAUCCCAUUUUGUGUGAAAAACGUGAAUAUUGAUCAUUUUGAUGGAGCAUUCACAGCUCUUGUUUCAUCUUUUUGUAUGUUUAACACCAUAUUGAUGAGCUCAUUGAAUUGGAAAUCAAAAGCGUGUGCCGCUAAAGGAAUACUGGAAGCUGUUGUUUUUUUUUUUUUGGGGGGGGGGGGGGGGGGGUUUGUUGAUUAGUUAUAAUAAUUCAGUACAAGAUGAAAGAUUGAAGUUGCAUCUGUUGGACUCUAUUUUUGUCAUACUGUUAGAAUUGUCAUUUAUGAUGGUUUAGUUGCUGAUCUUUUUGAACUGUACAUUCACGGUAUUUUUAUGUAGUAUUUCAAGUUCUUUAAAAUGGCAGUUUGAUUAUGAUAUUGUUACUCUUUGAUAGAUUAGUAUUAUAUUUUAAUUGGAUAUACCAGGUUUUACUUAAUGCAAAGUCUCAGCAACGUUCAGCUUUUUACUGGACUUUCACAGCAUAUACAAUAUAUGCAUUUGUUCAUUCAUCCAGUCAUUCAUUCAUUGCUAUGUAUAUAUUAGAUAUGAAAAGCCUUCUGCUUACUAAAUUACUAAAUUUGUCACUUGUUUUUUUUAUUUUUAAUGAAGGACUGUUAUGGGAAUCUUAUCUUGCAUGAUAUAUGCAUGUAUCUUAGCUACAGAUCUUAAAUCCUUGAAUUCGAUUUGACUGUUACAUUAAUAAAACCAGUGUUUUGUCCAUAUACUACUGCCUGCACCCAGUUCUUUUAAUAAAAUAGACUAAUUACAAAAUAA